GCCAAUCGCCAUUUUGGUGAUUAAAAGUGGCUGCAUUAUCUUUCGUCAACAAUGUAAUGUUUUAGAAUGAAAUGUUUAAGUCAUUUUAAGAGUGAAUGUGAUGGUUUCGAAGUACUUUUCGUUAUUGUGUACAUUAUAGGAAUAUGGAGGAUUCCAACGAGGAGCUCAAUGUCGUUCCAGAGCUCUACUUUCUGAUAGCGAAAUUUCUCUCUGGUGGACCUCUUAAAGAAACUGCAAAGACUUUAUUAGAAGAGUUGCGGACUGUUGAGGUUCUGCCGAGGCGUCUCGACUGGGAGGGCAACGAACACUUGCAAUCAUACAAUGAGUUGAACGCACACUACCCGGAAGUGUCAUGGCGGCGGCUCGCGGCGGUGUGCGAGCGAGCACUGCAGCUCGCACGAGUCGCACCCUCGACCACGCCCGCCCUGGCGGACACCAGCGAGCGGCAGCUGGACGCGCGUCUGUCGCUGCUUAGCGAGAGCCUGGUGCGCGUGAAGCCGAAGUAUGCCACAUUUAAACAGGACCAUACGUUAGUUCGACGGUUGCUAUGUCGCGAGCUCGGCGGCACUCCCCGGGGACCCGCUAACGGGGCCGGCCUGGUGUCAGCCACGGGCUUCCCGGGGCCCUUCCCGGUGAGGCUGCUGCGGGGUCUACAGCUGCAGCGGAGGACUCUGGGCCAUCUGUCAGCUGUGUACUGUCUGGUGUUCGACUGUACCGGGAAAUAUGUGAUCACGGGCGCGGACGACCUGUUGGUGAAGGUGUGGAGCGCCGUGGACGGGCGGCUGUUGGGCACACUGCGCGGCGCGGGUGCGGAGAUCACGGACGUGUGCGUGUCGAGUGACGGCGCGCUGCUGGCGUGCGGCUCGGUGGAGCGGCUGGUGAGGGUGUGGGACCUGGCCAGCGGGGCGCCGCGCGCCGUGCUGCACGCGCACGCCGGCACCAUCACCUCGGUCCAUUGGUCCCCCGCCGGUCACUCAGACGUGCGGUGGCUCGCGUCCACCUCCACCGAUGGUUCUGUUGCAUUCUGGACAUGCUCGCCCGAUGGUCAGUUCCUGUCGCAGCCCGUGCAGUACGUGGAGCGCAUGCGGCCGGGCGCGUGCCACAUGAUCUGCGCCGCGUGGUCGGCGGGCGGCGCGUUCCUGGCGGCGGGGUCGGCCGACCACCACGUGCGCAUCUACAGCGUGGCUCGCGCCGCCGCCCCGCGCCGCGUGCUGGAGACGGCCGUGCACCUGGACGCCGUCGACUCCAUCGCCUGGGCGCACCGCGGCCUCAGGUUCGUAUCUGGAAGCAAAGACGGCACCGCGGCGUUGUGGAGCUUGUACGCGACGCAAUGGCGGCACACGCUGCUGAGGACCUCCGCCGACGACGACCAGAAGAAACUCAAGGUGACGAUGGUAUGCUGGGACUGCAGCGACGAGUUCGUGAUGACGGCCGUCUCCGACAACACAGUGCGGGUGUGGUGCUCGCGCACGUGCACCCAGCUGCGCGCGCUGCGCGGUCACCGGGACGAGGCCUACGUGCUGGAGCCGCACCCCAGCCUGCGGGCCGUGCUGCUGUCGGCCGGACACGACGGCCAGCUGUUCGUGUGGCACGUCACCACCGGCGAGGUGCUCGCGCAGUUCCACAACGUGAUCGAGGGCCAGGGCGAGGGCGCCAUCUUCGACGCCAAGUGGGGCGGCGGCGCGGGCGCCGUGGUGGCGGCGUCGGACUCGCACGGCCACGUGCUGCUGCUGGGGCUGGGCGCCGGCCACCCGCUGCUGGCCGCGCUGCCCACCGAGCUGUUCUUCCACACGGACUACCGCCCGCUGGUUCGCGACGCGCUGGGUGGAGCCCUGGAUGAGCAGACAGAAAUCCCGCCGCACCUGAUGCCGCCGCCCUUCCUGGUGGACGUGGAGGGGGCUCCCCACGACCCGCUGUACCAGCGGCUGGUGCCAGGUCGUGAGAACCUGUCGCUGUCGGAGCUGGUGCCCGCGGCCGACGCCCGCAGCCGCCUGGACGCCAUGAUCGAGGCGCUGGCGGCCGACCCGGCCACGCCGCCAGCCGACCAGCCCGUGCAUCAUGCUCCCGGCGUGUGGCGCGGCGAGGGCGUGCGGCACACGGCCGGCACGUGGCAACAUCUGGACGUGCCGCUCAGCACGCGCCCCAUCGUGGCGCCGCUCAGUCCCGCGGCGCGCGACAGGAUCGAGCGGGCCAGCUUGGAGCUGAAUGAUUUGGAAAUGGCAUGGUACCGGCGCGAGAUGCGGCGCCGCCCCGUCAUGAUCUCGACCGCGACGGGAGAUGGGGCGGGCCGGCGGCGUGCGGGGCGCAGGCCUAGGGCUCCGGCGCCGAGAGCCCGCCCGCAGCCCGAGCAACCAGCUGCCGCGGAGGACCGCGAGCGGCGCGGCUCGUCGUGCUCGGAGGAGGCGGCGGAGGUGACGAGCAGCUCGACGUCGGACGAGUCCGUGUGUCUGUCCGUGUCGCCGUCGUCCCGCAGCUCGCGCGAGCGGCGCCCGCCCCGCGCCCGGCGCCCGCCCGCCCACUCCGACACGCACAGUAACACUUCACACUCGCCAAGCAAAAGCGACAGUUCGUCAUCGUCGUCGCAAUACUCCGACUGGGAGGCGGGCACCGCACUGGCCCCGCCUGCUCGCGCCAGGAGACGCCCGCUGCCCACCAAAAGAUACAGUCCAAGCACGGUGACGACGAAGCGCGCGCCCGUCGCGACUCCGAGUGCGGGCCCGAGCACGGCGGGCGCGGGGGCGGGGCCCGAGCCGGCGGGGCCCGAGCUGGCGGAGCCCUACCGCGUGGGCGAGUGGCUGAGCGCCGUGUCGCCGCGCAAGGCGCCCUACCACCCGCAGAUGGGAGACCGCUGCUUGUACUUCACAACUGGUCACCAACGGUACUUCGAAGCUGUCAGCGAGAAGGAUCUAUACAAAGUUCACCCGAGAGACAAACCAUGGGAGAGAAUGCAGAUCAGUGAUUGCGAAGCGGUGAAGGUUGUGGGGAUAAAGUACGUGAUAAAGCCGCCGCGCGUGGUGUGCCUGAAGCUGGCGCGCGAGUCGGAGAAGGGCAGCUUCACGGUGCGCUACCACGACAUGCCCGACGUGAUCGACUUCCUGGUGCUGCGCCAUCAGUACGACGUGUCCGUGGCGCGCCGCUGGAAGCAGGGAGACAGGUUCCGCUGUAUGAUCGAUGACUCGUGGUGGACCGGCAUCGUGCUGGAGCGGCUGAGUCCUGCCGGCGCGCCGCACUCCUCCGCCGCGCCCGGCGCCGCCGCAAAUUUUCUGUCUCUGCGUGUGCGCUGGGACAAUGGUGAAGUUGAGAGACUGUCGCCAUGGGAUUUGGAACCACUCGACCCGGAGCGACUGCCGUCGGAGCCGGGCGGCGCGGUGCCCGUUCUGGCCCACGAGCUGGAGGCGGUGCUGUGCCGCAGCGAGACGCACGAGUGGCCGCCGGGCGCCUGCCGCGCCAUCGCCGGACACAUCUCGCAGGUGAUGACCCUGGCGGUGGCGGAGCCGUUCGUGGCGCCGGUGGACCUGCAGCAGUACCCCUCGUACGCGAUGGUGGUGCCGUACCCGGUCGACCUGGCCACCAUCCGCGCUAGGUUCGAGAACCAGUUCUACCGACGGCCCGCCGCGGCGCAGUUCGAUGCGCGCUACCUCGCUAGCAACGCCGAGCAAUUCAACGAGCCGCACUCGCCUAUUGUGCGUCGUGCGCGCCUUGUCACCGACCUGCUGCUCUCCAUCAUCAGUGAGUGGAGGACGAUAGACGUGGUGAGCAAAUACCACGAACUGGCUGCGGCAUACCACUCCUCCGACGACGAGCCCUUGCAGGAGAAGCAGCGACGCAAACGUGAAAGCUUGCGGGAGUCAGGUCCGGGCUGGAGGGAGCAGUGCGCCACACUGCUGCGGGAGCUGAUGGCCUCGGCCGACGCGGAGCCCUUCAAGCGGCCCGUGUCGCCCACGCAGGCGCCUGACUACUCGUCGCUGGUGGCGCGGCCCAUGGACCUGGGCGCCGUGGCCGCGCGCCUGGCGGCCGGCGGCUACGGCAGCGCCCGCGACCUGGCCGCCGACGUGCGCCUCGUGUUCUCCAACAGCCGUCUGUACAACACCAACAAGCGCAGCAGGAUAUACUCGAUGACGGUGCGUCUGUCGUCGUUGUUCGAGGCGCUGUGGUCGCGCCUGCGGCUGGCGGCCGACCGCCGACACCGCCGACCACGCCGCGCCGCGCCAGGUUUGAGCAACGGCGUGGAGCGCGGCCGCAGCAGCAGGAACACGGACUGGGGCUCCAGCUCCGACGAGGCGCCGCUCACCCGGCGCCGCGCCGACUCCUGGGACAGCGACGCGCCGCUCAACUCUCACUCCAAAGGUAAAGGUAUCGGCAAGAAGAGUAAGAACGGUGCAGUGGUGGCUGCCACCUCCGCCGCUACCAGCACGGUUCCGCCGCUGCACGCGGUCACGAACGGCGUGUCGCACUCGGCGUCCGACGACAGACUCUCAUCGUCUGACAGCGACCACUCCCGGAUACAGAUCGUGGAGGAGGAGCUGGCGGAGGACGAGGUGGAGGUGACGUACGAGGAGGUGGUCACCUCGAGGCGCAGCAACUCCAACUCGCACCACACGAACGGAAGCAUAAAGAAGCGAGCGAGGAAGAGACGGAGGCUACGUAGCUCCAGCGGCAGCGUGGGCCAUGUCGCGCACCUGCCACCCGUUAAGCGGAGCCGGGAGCGCGUCACGGACGGCUCGUGGUCGUCCACGUCGGGCUCCCGCUCCCGCUCCGGCUACGACACGGACACGGCGCGGGGCCGCUACGAGUCCGACCGCUCCUACCGCCCCGCCGCCUACUCCAGCGACGAUGAGACGCCGCUCAACCUUUACAGACAACGGCAAGAUGACGACCAUGAAGCCGGACCGUCCAGCAGAACACAACCUGCGUCCUCCAGGAGCGGCGGCGUGUCUCUGCGCCGGCGCCGCAGCCCGCGGCAGUACAACGAGGACAGCGAGGACGACUCCAUCGCCGCCAUCAGCAAGCGACUGCCGUGCGCAGCGCUGGUCCGCCGCCGACAGCACCAGCACCUGGGCGCAGCGAGCAGGCUGGCCGGAGCUCCACACGCUGAUCACAACUACACCGGAGGCUCGCCUGCAGGGUCCAGUUCCUCCGGUCCAGGGCCAGUGUCGAUAUCGUCGCGGGGCCGCGUCCGGAAACUCACGGCCAAGGCGCGCGGCCUGCUCAGGGAAUAGCGCAAAUAACACGCGGGGCGAACUUACUGUGCGGAAGUCUCAACAACCCUCUUUGUUGAUGUUACGGGGGGUCGGCGAGAUCUAGUGACUUUAUGAUGACUUGGGGUCGGUCAUGUAUUGAGAUUAUUAUGAUGGCGUGGGGCCGGUCUAAUCUAAUAGAUUUUAAAUCGGCUUGUGGGCAAACAGAUGUAAAAGAUUUUAUGACGGCUUGGGGACAGACAGAUGCAAGAGAUUUUAUGGCGGCGUGGGGACAGACAAGUGUCUGGUUAGGUGAUAGAGUGAGUCAACCGAUAUUUAUGUUGAUCGUGACAUUAAUUCGAUAAUGAUUAUUUGUUGUAAUUUUAAGAAGAAUCAAAUGUGAAAUGUUCGCUUGUAUUCCUAAGACUUGUAUUUAUUGUUAAUAUAUUUUCAUUGUUUCCUAAUGUAGCUCUCAAAGUUGUCGAUGCAAUAAUGACGCUACAAACAUACUGAAAUUGGAGCCCCCGGUUCGGUCCUACCCUACUAUGUAUGAAUGUGUUUUCGGUUUUCAAAUUAAUUUGUACGUUUAUUUGUCGUUUUAUAAAGUCUUUCCGACGCUGUUGAGAUGUCGCUAGUACAAGAGAGUAUGGUCUGCGGUGAUCACUUACCAUCAAGUGACUGUAUGCUAGUUAUUCCCCCUCUUCCCUAAAAAAAAAUAUAUAUUUGUUUUUCAAAUUCAAACAGCUAAUUUUUCAAAAAUAGGAGAUCACAUUUUUGAAGUCAACAAUAAACUACAAUUUCUUAGAAAUGACAAAAGUGCCAAACCUUAAAAAAAAUUGUUGUAAUUUUCAAAUAGUAAAAUUCAACUUAUUUUGUUUUUUAUUUAAAUUGACAUUUAGCUUAGUUACCUAUUAUUAGUUAACGUUUAUUCUUUAUUUGUAAUUUAGCCAAAAGGUUUUGACAGCUGUUCGAUGCGUUCGUAAUUUGCUAACAUGUUUAUUUGUAUUGGGGAAAACACCUUGUCGUUAAAGCACUUAUUUAUCAGUUCUUCAUUUUAAAAAAUAUGAUGAGACGAAAUAAGCAACACGUCAAUAGUGUUGCUCAUCACAAUGCAGUGCCGCAUAGGAUUCUUGAUUGAACCCAAAAUUCUGAACACAAUCGCAAUCGCGCUCUAUACUCGAAGAUCAUAUUGUUUCUUGGGGCCUUACCUGUACAAUAAAUUAUACAAACAAAAUAUAAGUUCUAUAGAUUAGACUAAACGCAGUUGUAAAAAUGUAAAGUUCGAAUGUUUUAAAGAAGAAAAACUUAUAAAUGUACUAAACUAAAAAUCAGUAAUUUUAAUUAUUAUACCAACAUUAUCAAUUUUCUUUUCUCUCUAAACCCACACGCACACGAAUUCCUGUUAUUUUUAUUUUGUAUUAAUCUAGGGGACACUGGACCUCACGACACAGGGAAUCCUAGUGUGAGGCCAGAAUAGUUGUAAAAUUAAAGUUUACUAACAUUGUGACUGUUUAAUUUGAGACAUAAAAAUGUUAAGUUAUAUUAGCGCAGUAAAGUCACUACAUACAGCGGCCAUCAUACUGAAACACAAGUAGUGCUUGCAUGUUACUGUUUGUCGUAGAAAAGGGUACCGCUGUGGUACACACCAGCCUGCAUCUGUGCUCAGGACCCUCCCACUGAUAAAAAUAUGCAGUUUGUAGUGUCAUUGGUGAGACCGGGGCUCGACCGCUAGUAAUUUGGACAUGUAUACAUUCCUAUCGUACAUUAUAAUAAACAAUUAAUAAUAGUAUACAGGGACAAUCAAUUAAUUAAUAAUAAUAUUAUAAUAUGAAGUUUGUGUUUCCGAAAUAUUACACCAUGUAUAACAUGUACUUACGUGUUUUGUAUAUAGGGUGCUUAAUUGUAAGUGUUAGUAAAUUAUGGCUAGUAUAUAUUAUUAUAUAUAUUUUGGUUUUUGGUAAUUAUUUAAUUACCGUUCAUAACAUGGCAGUUGUCACUUGUGUUGUGACGGAUGGACGCGAAUAGCAAUAGCUAUAAUAAGAUUAAUUUAAUAUCGACUGAUAGGCUACGUAUGGAUUUAUAAUUGAAUAUUAAUUUAUCAAUAGUUGUAAGUUGUCAUCAAUCGAAAUUCAUUUAUUCAUUAAAUGCAAUAAAUUACACUUAUUGGUCAAUGCUGCCCGUUGUACUAAGAGUUUUGGUGAGAAGAAGCUUCAAGAAUGUCACUUUUUUAAUGCAAUAUUUACAGCUAGAUCGUAUAUUUUUAAAAGAACUGAUGCAACACAAUUACUCAAAAGAUAAUUUAAGAAAAAAAAAUUGUAAUAAAAUAUUAAUACCGCAAAUUAAGUAGAUAUUCAUUAAUGUCAUUAUUGUUGUUACUAUAAUAAUUGUAAAAAGUAAACAGGAUCAUAUUUAUUGUAUCUACAGCGUGUGGCUGUAACGCUGUUGCUAUUUACAUGGAGUAGGAUAUGGAAUAAACAAAUUUAAAGGUAUCAAACCUUACGUUCAUUUCUUACAAAAACUGAUUUUUAAAAAUUUUUCGUAUUAAGUUAUCUUUCCCGCCUUGACAGCCUUGACAUCGGCGCCAUAGAUUAUAGACUUAACUCGAAUGUUUGUACAUAUAUAUAAUAUGUUGCGGUAAGUUUGUAGAUGUAUUUGUAGUUAUGUAUUGUGAUGCCAGAGUGGCGACUGAACCAAAAUUGAACGAAUAUAAUAUUUUCUAAA